CUGAAUUCACAAUAACCCACCAUUGGUAUAAACGUAACACAAAGACAUGGACAGUGCUGGUCACUACAGAAACAUGUCCAGAGAAGGUCCAGUGUAUUUCCUGUCAUUGUCAAACAGCUGGAUCAACAGUCCGACUCUACUGCCUGUUGUCGAAUGGCAGUAUGGUCCUGUUUGAUCUGUCACACGAGCAGGCUGAUCCAGUGAGGCAGACAGUACAGACGAUACCAGGGAGUGGGGCGCUCAGCAACCUUCACUCUCCUGGACACACAUCAUGUGGCUGUGGCCGGGACCACACAGGGACAAAAAGAAGGGAUAGGAAUAUUUGAUCUCCAGUUUGGUACUUUGAAAGCAUGGCGACCCUACCCUGGAGAUGUCCAACCCAAUGUUAAGAUAUACAGUCACCAUGGUAACCUGUUGGUAGCCCAAGGAAACACUAUGUACAUGAUACCAUACACGUGUCAGAAGUCGUCAGUGUCCAGUAUCCUUGGUCAGCAUCAGCAACUGACCUCCGGAGAAAGCAGACACACGCUGCCGAAAUGUAUGAAAUGGCCGAUUGAGUCGGAUAAUUCUAUUAAAGUACAAGUGUCCAAUCAGCAGAAGACAGAGGAACUUGCUUCUCUACUGUGUGACCAAGAUAAGACCAAAACCUACAAAAAGUUUAAGGCUACCUUCUGGGAGCUGAUAGAAUGUGUGAAGGAGUUUAGGAGCAUGUGGUAUAUGAGUCAGCUGUUUACCGACGUCCUGACGCGGUGUGUGACCGAGACAAACUUCUGGCCAAUCAAAGAGAUCACGGAACUUAUGCAGGUCUAUAGCAUGCCUGUAAGUUUGAUGUCAAAGGUAGUGGACGCUUUAAUUCAACACGACGAGGUCAGUCUCUUACACACAUUCCUACAGAGUGUGUCCGAGGUUCCCGAGGCAUGUCUGUGUAAGGCCCUUCAGUACUACAUCACGGCAGAAAAUGAGGUAUUGACCAAAGCAGCAAAGAACUUACAAAUAGACAUCUCAUCAAACGAGAGGAAGCCAUUUGGAGUUCACAAGUCUUAUUUUGUAAACUCAGUGUUGAGGGAAGGUUUCAACGACAUAUUCCUGGUGGAUUGCUUGAAGUCUCUCAAUUUCAAAAAUGUUCUGGUUCUGCUGGAGCAUCUUCAUCAAAUGUUGGGAGAUAAACUGGAAGAGAUAGGCAGUGAAGAGGAUGAGACAGAAAACGGAGACGAAGAAAUGGAAAAAGAAGAUGAGAUGGAAAAGGAAGAGGACCAACAGGACAGAAAAAUCCCGACAUUACAACAGCCCACUGUAGGACAGAUUGCUGACUGGAUUUGUGUGACACUCGAUGCUCACAUCACACAGCUAAUUAUCUCCCCUGAUGCGCGAUUGCUCCUCAUCAAUCUGCAUACCUGCGUGGCCUCACAGGUACAGUUUUACGACGAGCUGUCGAGUCUAGAGGCACUUCUGGAUCAACUCAAAGCCAAAUGUUCUGUAACAUCUAAGAAGGCAGUUGGACAGUACUGUGUAGAAGUUCUCCAUAUUCAUUGAUCGUUCUCCACAAAUAAAACAUUAUUUACUGUG